GACGAACAGCUAAACCCCUAGGUAGGUCGACGAGAACAACACAUCAACAACUACAAGGAAUAUUAAAUAGGAAGAUUGUAAUUAGGACAGUGAAGAAAGGAAAUCCUAAAAAUGUCUGAGAAAUUUAUGAAAAUUACCUAUCAAGGCCCGCCGCCCGCAACGAAGUUGAAUGCAUAUUUGCGUAUGCCUUCUCAGACCUAUGCCGUAUUGCGUCGUGAAAUUGACAUGUAUUUGUUUCAAGAACGUCAACUGCCGAAGACCGAAAUUAAGACUUUUUGGAUUGACGCAAAUAAUGAUGAAAUCGAGAUCGUCAAUCAAAUUGAUUAUGAUAUUUUUUUGAGCAAAUGUCGAAGCAGUAUGCAUCUGCAAAUUGCAGCCAUCAAACAGGCGGUCAAGGCUAAACCGGCCCCUGUUCCCAAGACUUCCGAUAAUCCCAGCAAUUUAAUCAUCCAUGACACAGUGCGGUGCGAUAGCUGUGGACGUCAUCCAUUAGUGGGAUUCCGCUACAAGUGCAUUGAAUGCCCUAACUUCGACCUUUGCCAGGACUGUGAGGCAGCCCACAGACAUCCGCACCAUAUGAUGAUCCGCAUGCCAACUUAUGACAGGCAAUACACAGUGUUGCGGGGAACGGUUUUGAAAUAUUUAUCAUCUCAUAAAAUUUUAAAUAGUUGAAGAAUUUUAAUAACCUUUGAAUGUUUAUAUGUAUCUAUGUAUAUUACAGUACAAGCAAGGUUCGUUACAACCUUUUGAAAAAACAUCAAAUUUAAAUGACCAGUGUUAAUAUGGACCGGAAAUAAAAAUAGCCCCAUAUGGUAUAAAACCAAAAAUUUUAA